GCCAACCGUUGGACGUGCUGCCUUGGUAACUGACGAAGCGGCGCUCUUGGCCAGGCAGACUAUCGACUUUCUUCAGAUCAACCUGCGCUUUUUGUAGCCCAAACUCCCGAAACCCUCCCUUUCUUUGAAACCAGCAAACCUGUUCGUUGUCAUCAUGAAUAUUCUGGAAUGGGCCUUCGGCAAGCGCAUUACGCCGGCAGAGCGUUUGCGCAGAAACCAGCGCUUACUCGACAAGGCGAUCCGAGAGUUAGACCAGCAACGAGUGAAGCUUGAAAAACAGGAGAAGACGCUCAUUUCUCAGAUCCGUCAGAGUGCGCAAAAGGGUCAGAUGGGUGCGUGCAAGGUCCAGGCCAAGGACCUGGUUCGCACUAGGAGGUACAUCGAGAAGUUCUACGGGAUGAGAAGCCAGUUGCAGAAGGUCUCCCUUCGCCUUCAGACAUACCGCACAAAUGAGCAGAUGAUGCAAGCAAUGAAAGGGGCGACCAUGGCCCUUGGCAGCAUGAACCGCACCAUGAACCUUCCGUCUCUGCAACGCAUUGCCAUGGAGUUUGAGCGCGAAAACGACAUCAUGGAACAGCGACAGGAGAUGAUGGACGACGCGAUCGACGACGCGAUGGACGUUGGCUUGGAGGAAGAAGGUGAUGAGGUGGUUGAGCAGGUUUUGGAGGGGAUUGGCGUAGACCUAAGCCAAGCGCUCGGUGAGACGCCAUCAGGACUGCAAGCAAACACGGUGGCAGAGACCAAGAUUGCCCAAGCAGUUGGCGGCGGCGGUGGCGGGACCGAUCCUGGCGACGACGACCUUCAAGCACGGCUUGAUAGCCUGAGACGAUGAGUGCGGUAAUGGGACCUUGAAACGAUGCAUGAUACCGUAACGGCACUAUAAUAUCUCAUGGUAGGUUCCAAGCUGGCCUUGGGGC